AUGGCUAACGACGAUGUAGUGCUAAAACAAUAUCUAUCGAAGUACAAACAUCGCGACUACACCGCCCGUGAGGUGAUUAAUUUGAUACAAGUGUACAGAAGUUUGACCUAUCGUUUAGAAGCCUUUGUGUUCAACAAUGGCACACGAAAAGACUUACUCAAUCUAGAGGGCACAAUUCCUGUUAAUUAUAAAGGUGCAUAUUACAACAUCCCAGUAUGCAUUUGGUUGAUGGACACACACCCUCAAAAUGCGCCGCUAUGUUUCGUUAAACCCACGGCAGACAUGUCUAUUAAAGUUUCAAAGUAUGUGGACAGUAAUGGUAAAGUUUACCUACCCUAUCUUCAUGAAUGGACUCAAAAUGGCUCUACACUUCAAAAACUUAUUCAGUGUAUGAUAACUGCUUUUGGGGAAUUACCACCAGUUUACUCCAAACCACGUACUGAGGCUAGGCCUUAUCCAGUCAACUCCUUCAUGCCACAGCCUUCUGGUUAUCCAUUUCCUCAGGGAACUUCACAGCCAGGUUAUCCUACUGUAACACCAUAUCCAACUACCUCAAAUCUACCAUACCCUAGUUUUGGAUCACCUUACCCUGGUGCUGUCAAUAGUAAUGGUAUGCCUUUCCCACCUACAAAUGCUACAACCACUCCAUAUCCUGCUGGUACAGGUUAUACCCCAGGACCUGAUGUUGCUGGAGGGACUAUUACAGAGGAACAUAUUAAGGCGUCCCUACUCUCUGCUGUUGAAGACAAGUUGAGAAGGAGACUCAAAGAACAAUCUCAGCAGUCUCAAGCUGAACUGGAAACUCUUAGACGCACCCAGCAGGAACUUCGUGAAGGAAAGACUCGUCUUGAGGAUAUAUUAACAAGAUUGCAGAGGGAGAGAACUGAGCUCGAAAAGAAUAUAGUUGUAUUGCAGGAAAAGGAAAAAGAACUAGAAACUGCAAUAGAGAGACUGCAAGAACAAGAAGGCAUUGAUGUAGAUGAGGCUGUUGUAACUACUGCUCCCCUGUACUCUCAGCUCUUAAAUGCUUUUGCAGAAGAAGCUACUUUAGAAGAUGCUAUUUACUACAUGGGUGAGGCCUUACGUAAGGAAGUUAUUGAUUUGGAUACAUUCUUGAAGCAAGUGCGUACACUGGCUCGUCGCCAGUUCACUUUGCGUGCUCUGAUGCACAAGUGCCGGCAGAAGGCGCAGUUGGCGUGCUAA